AAUAACGAGUAAAGCGAAGAUGUUUUUCUACUUUGUCCUUGCACUGGUAGUUGGAGUACAAUCUUCUACGGUUACAGUGGAGCCAUCCACAUCAUUCUUCGUAGUAGAAUCUUCAAUGAAUGUGGCGGCAUCGUCGGCAGUUUCAAAUGAAACUAGCGUUAGUUCAACAAUGGCUUUAAAUGGAUCAUCGGGUUCGACAACAGUUCAAGGAACAACCUCGAUUCCUUCUUCAUCUUCGACUGCCCCUUCAUCAACUACAGCUCAAGAAGGAACAACUUCGAUUUCUCCUUCGCCAGCUACUUCUUCAAGUCCCCUUUCAUCAACUGUUGGUUUAAACUUCGGCAACUUAGGAAACGAUUUAACGGAAUACAAGGUAUCUUUCACGCUAAAUGAAACAUGGAAUGCAAAUUUUGCUGUUAACACGUCAACUGCGUAUCAAACAAAGGCGGCUGAAAUAGUAAGCGCCUUCGAUGCUUUGUACGUAAACGAUUCCUACUACGUAACCACCGUCGUCAACGGGUUUACGGAAGGAAGUAUUGUAGCUUCUACAACCGUCCAAUUCAAUUUUCCAACUGAUGUCGAACCUGCAGUAAAAACAGCUAGUGCAAAUAAGAUCUCGUCUUCAUCGUCGCAAAUCGGCACUUUAACUAUCGUAGCUGGUUCCACAACUCUUCAAGAAGUAAUAGACGGCGUUUGGACGGGAUGGACGAACACAGGUUCUUGCAACAGUGACACACUCAAACAGACGCAAACUAGAAGUUGCACCGGACCGUUUGGAGGUGGCAGUCCUUGCAGCGGAUCCACCACACAAGAGAUUACUUGCGUUCCUUCAGAUGCUACUGCACAUGUCGUUUCAAGCGUUUUAAUAUCAACUGGCCUUCUUUUCUUUACUACACUUUGUAUGUAACAGCUGACCAAAUACAGUAUAUUAUUACCAUGUUAUUUCUUUUAGUUAAACUUGUAUCUGUUGUUGUCAAUAUUAACAUAGAAGUUU